AUGGGUCAAGAAGGCUUUAAGAAGUAUUGGGUCAAUGAUGGACCCAAGUUGAUAUUCAUCAUCCUGUUCAUUGCUGCAAACAUCGUUGUGUUUGUAGAAAGAUUCAUAUAUUACAGAUAUAAAAGACCAGACUUGUUUGAUAUGCUUGGAUAUGGAGUUUGCAUUGCCAGAGGAUCUGCAGCGAUGAUCAAACUGGACUCGGCUUUGAUUUUGAUUCCAGUGCUGAGGAACUUCUUGUCAUGGCUCAGAGGUACAUUCGUCAACAACUAUAUCCCAAUCGACAAGAACAUUCACUUCCACAAGAUGAUUGCAUGGGUCAUUGCUGGUGCAACCUUUUCUCACGUGAUGGCACAUUAUCACAACUUCUUGGUGCUGUCUGAGUCACCCAUUGAGCAAUUGGAACCAUUGGGAUUCACUGAGGUGCGAAGCACUUGGUCUCUGGCCUUUUUGUCACUGUCUGGUUCAACAGGCCACGUUGCAGUACUGGCAAUGGUGCUAAUGUUCUCAUCGGCCAUCGAGUCCAUUCGUAGACCAAUGUUUGAGAUCUUCUGGUACACACAUCACCUGUUUGUCCUCUACUUUGUUCUAAUCUGUGUUCACGGUCUGGCCAAGUUGCUUGGUGACAAGGCCAACUUUUGGAUGUGGGUCGUUGGUCCAGUGGCCUUCUACCUCAUCGAGAGAAUCGUCAGAGUUGCCAGAUCCAAGCAGGCAUGUCUCUUGCUCAUGGCCAGACAACAUCCAUCGAGAACCAUCGAGCUGCGCAUGAAGGUGGAGAAGUUCAGAUACAAGCCAGGUCAAUACCUGUUCCUCAACUGUCCAACCAUCGCCAAGAAUGAAUGGCAUCCAUUCACCAUCACCUCUGCUCCAGAUGAAGACUUUGUGUCUUGUCACAUCAACGUUGUUGGUAACUGGACUGGAAAGAUAUCAACACUGAUGAACCCAGAGAAGAGAAUGGGCAUCGUCCAGGAGAAUGUAUUGAAUGCCCCGGAUGGAAAGGCCAUCCUGCGAAUUGAUGGACCAUUUGGAACGGCAUCCGAGGAGGUGUUCAAGUACAAGUACGUCAUGCUGGUUGGUGCCGGCAUCGGUAUCACACCAUUCGCCUCCAUUCUCAAGAACAUUAGAUUCCAACUGUCCAGACAGUACCAGACGACACAGAUGAUCGAGAAGGUGCACUUCUUCUGGAUCUGCAGAGACAGGUCUUCGUUCGAGUGGUUCAGUGGCAUCAUUGGCGCGCUCGAGAUGGACAAUGUCAACAAUUUCCUCGACAUCAACCCAUAUCUGACAGGCGCGCUCAGCUCGCAAGAGGUCAGAGACGUGAUGUACGCCGGCGGCGAUGAGGAGGCGCGCGACCAGAUCACCGGUUUCUCGGCACCCACCCACUUUGGCAGGCCCAAGUGGAGCGAGAUCUUUGCCGACUACUCACAGAGAUAUGCUGGCAAGGACGUCGGUGUCUUCUUCUGUGGUCCAAAGAUGUUGUCCAAGGAACUGUACAAGAACUGUACAUACUUUACCAAAUCAACCUCUUGCCGAUUCCACUACCACAAGGAGAACUUCUAA